AGAGAAAACACAGAUGAACUGAGGAUUGUACUGCUGGGAAAAACUGGAGUUGGGAAGAGUGCAACAGGAAACACAAUCUUAGGAAGAGACGCGUUUACAGCAGAAACAUCUCAAGAGUCAGUAACUAAAGAGAGUCAGAGAGAAUCAUCUGAAAUCAACGGCCGAAACGUUACUGUGAUCGACACUCCAGGACUGUUUGAUACUGAACUGAGUAAUGAGGAGAUCCAGAGAGAAAUCAGACACUGCAUCUCCAUGAUCCUGCCUGGACCACAUGUGUUCAUCAUUGUGCUCAAUUUAGGACAACGAUUCACUCAAGAAGAAGCAACAUCAGUGAAGAUCAUCCAAGAGACGUUUGGAGAGAAAUCUUUAAUGUUCACCAUGGUGCUCUUCACCAGAGGAGAUUUCCUGAAGAACAAAACUAUUGAACAGUGUUUGGGAAAACCUGGAUCUCCUUUAAUGAAGCUGAUUGAAGCGUGUGGAAACAGAUUCCAUGUGUUCAAUAAUAAUCAGACUGGAGACCGAACACAGGUGUCUGAUCUACUGGAGAAGAUAGACAACAUGGUGAGAGUGAACGGAGGGAGUUUCUACUCAUGUAAGAUGUUCAGAGAGAUGGAGAGAGAAAGACAAGAACAACAGAUGAAGAUCCUGAUGGACAGAGUCAGUGAAAGAGAAGAACUGAUGAAGAAACUAGAAGAAGAGAAAGAGAGAAUGAAGAAGAUGAUGAAGGAAGAACGACAGAAUCAUGACAAAGAGAGAAAGAGAAGAGAAGAAGAGAAAAGAAGAGAGAGAGAAAAACAGAUUACUGAUGAACAGAUUCAGAGACUCAGGAGUGAAAUUGAGGGAAUAAUCAGAGAGAAAGCGAGAACAGAAAGAGAGAGACGAGAACAACUAGAGGAUUUAGAGAAGAGACUGACAGAAGAAAGAAACAUGAGAGAAGAUCAACAAAAGACUUCUGAAGAAACACUGAAACUCCUUGAAGAACAGCAUGAAGAAGAACUGAAGAGAAGACAAGUGGAGUGGAGAGAGGAAUAUGAACGAGAGAAAGAGGAUAUGAAGAAGAAGAUCUGCUAUGAAACUUAUCCGUCACUCCUUUUGGGGCUGGUAAAUGAUUUAACACCAUCUUUGUGUGUGUUUAUGCAAGCAAACUCACAGCCUAUCAUCUUCAACGCUGUAUACUACACAUGUAUACACAUUCUGGAAAAAUUUCGGUAUGAAUACCUGUACCGUUACACAUCCAAGGAUGUAACUUUGGGCCUGGACGCUGCUGACAAUGACCCAAGCGUCCCACCGUACGACACGGCGAUGAUCUAUGAAUACGAGGGCAACGGCUCGAGCGCAGGCAGCAUCAGCUCCCUUGAAACCAUGAGCUCAGAUGGUGACCAGGACUAUGACUACCUCAAUGACUGGGGCCACGCUUUAAAACACUGGCUACCAUGUACGACCCACGCUAGAUGCCAGACUGAUUCUUUUAUUCAAGAUGUCCAGAUACUCUCAUACAUGCAUGUCCCUCAAAUCUUCAUGCAAACCUACAUUUCAGAUAAAGGAUAA